AAAAUGAAGGGAAGCAAGCAAGCUAGAGAGACAUUGAAAACAAAAGGGAAGAAAAUCCAAAUCCAAAACCAGAAGAGAGAAACCCACGCUCAAAUCCCCCACCUUUCCCCUUCCCCAUCUAUCAUCCUUUCAAUUCCUCCUCCUCCCUUUUUUGGGUUUGAAACUCCCCCAGUCUCUGCUUCCUGUUUCAAUCGCCCAUUUACUCUCUCCUUUCUCGCUCUCUGUCUCUGUUGAAUCUCAGUCCCCUCUCUACCGCCCACCUCACCCACUUGUCUCUCUCUCUCUCCUCUUGCUUCUUUCAGUCUCGGCCGGAACUCUGCCGAGUUGGGUCGGAGCCGUUUCGGCCGGGUCUGCUCCGGCGGGGCACGGAAUUCGAAGCUGUCUCUGCCCCAGCUUUUCUGGGUUCAAAUUUUUGUUAGGCUCAACCCCCUUCUCUUCGCCUCUGUACCCGGACAAGAGUUGGAAAUGCGGGAGACGCAGCCAUUUUUCUGGGCUCUGAAGCCGAUCCGAGAAUCGUCGAUUUGAGGGGAAUCGGAGAGGAGGAGGUUCACUUACCUUUGAAGCUUUCCACCCAUUUCAUGGAGGUUGUUGGCCCCUGCCGUCCAUGUUCCUGGCGUGGAUUUCGUACUAAGCUCAGAUUCACUGUCGUUGUCUUCGAGAUUAUCUUAUUCAUCUGUAGCAUUCAAGCUUCUGAAAGCUCACUGCAUAAUCUGAAAUCCCAAAACACGGACAAGGGAAGUGAGAAUGUAGGCUCACAUUCUUGCAUUCAUGAUCAAAUAAUCGAACAGAGGAAUCGCCCAGGUCGAAAUGUAUUCUCAGUUACCCCACAAGUUUACAGUCACUCGGGUGUCUCCAAAGCCCUCAAUAGGAAAGGCAGGGCAUUGCUUGGAAUUUCGGAAUUGCUUGCGGAGAAAGCACAGGAUGCCAAACAGCCUAUUAGGAUAUAUUUAAAUUAUGAUGCCGUUGGCCAUUCUCCUGAUCGAGAUUGUCGGAAAGUUGGUGACAUAGUGAAGCUCGGUGAGCCUCCUGUGAUUUCUGUUGCUGGAACUCCUUGCAAUCCUCAUGCCGAUCCUCCUAUUUUUGGUGACUGCUGGUACAAUUGCACUGUGGAUGAUUUCUCCGGGGAGGACAAGAAACAUCGCCUUCGCAAGGCUUUAGGGCAGACAGCUGAUUGGUUUAGGAGAGCUUUAGCAGUUGAACCUGUGAAGGGGAACUUACGGUUAAGUGGAUAUUCUGCAUGUGGACAAGAUGGAGGAGUGCAGCUUCCUAGAGAAUAUGUGGAAGAGGGCGUCUCUAAUGCCGACUUAGUUCUACUGGUGACAACAAGACCCACAACUGGCAACACGCUUGCUUGGGCUGUGGCAUGUGAACGUGAUCAAUGGGGUCGUGCCAUAGCUGGACAUGUGAAUGUUGCUCCUCGCCAUUUGACUGCUGAAGCUGAGACUUUACUUUCGGCGACACUCAUUCAUGAGGUUAUGCAUGUUCUUGGGUUUGAUCCUCAUGCCUUUGCUCAUUUUCGAGAUGAGAGAAAGAGAAGGCGUACUCAGGUUACUGAACAAGUGAUGGAUGAAAAGCUUGGAAGGAUGGUAACUCGUGUGGUGCUUCCUCGUGUUGUCAUGCACUCGAGACAUCAUUAUGGGGCAUUCUCUGAAAAUUUUACCGGUUUAGAACUUGAGGAUGGUGGAGGUCGUGGCACAUCAGGGUCACACUGGGAGAAAAGGCUUCUAAUGAAUGAGAUCAUGACUGGAUCAGUGGAUACCCGUUCGGUAGUUUCUAGAAUGACAUUGGCUUUGUUGGAGGAUAGUGGAUGGUACCAGGCCAAUUACAGUAUGGCAGACCGUCUAGAUUGGGGUCGCAACCAAGGGACCGAAUUUGUUACUGCUCCUUGUAAUCAAUGGAAGGGAGCAUAUCAUUGCAAUACAACCCAGUUAUCUGGUUGUACUUAUAACAGGGAAGCAGAAGGUUACUGCCCAAUUGUAAGUUAUAGUGGUGACCUUCCUCAGUGGGCUCGCUAUUUCCCGCAGGCUAAUAAAGGUGGACAAUCGUCAUUGGCUGAUUAUUGUACUUAUUUUGUGGCCUAUUCUGAUGGAUCAUGUACAGACACCCAUAGCGCACGAUCACCGGAUAGGAUGUUAGGUGAAGUGCGAGGAAGUAACUCCCGGUGUAUGGCAUCAUCAUUAGUACGUACUGGCUUUGUGCGAGGUUCGAUGACUCAAGGAAAUGGUUGUUACCAACAUAGAUGUAUAAAUAACUCUUUGGAGGUUGCUGUUGAUGGUAUAUGGAAAGUUUGUCCUGAAGCUGGUGGACCAGUUCAGUUUUCUGGCUUUAAUGGCGAACUUGUCUGUCCAGCUUACCGUGAGCUCUGUGGCACUAGUCUCGUUCCUGUAUCUGGCCAGUGCCCCAGUUCGUGCAAUCUUAAUGGUGACUGUGUCGAUGGGAGAUGUCAGUGUUUCCUAGGAUAUCAUGGCCAUGAUUGCCGUAAACGUGCUUGCCCUGGCAAUUGCAACGGCAAAGGCAAGUGCCUUGGAAAUGGCAUAUGUAAAUGCAGAAAGGGUUACACUGGUGUAGACUGCUCGACUGCUAUUUGUGAUGAGCAAUGCAGCCUUCAUGGAGGAGUAUGUGACAACGGGGUUUGUGAAUUCCGAUGCUCAGACUAUGCGGGCUACACUUGCCAGAACAGUUCCUCGCUUCUCUCCAGUCUCUCGGUUUGCAAAGACGUGCUGGAGAAAGACAUGUCCAGUCAGCAUUGUGCGCCAAGCGAAUCGAGCAUACUCCAACAGCUUGAGGAAGUCGUGGUCAUGCCAAACUACCACAGGUUAUUCCCGGGUGGCGCUCGUAAGCUGUUCAAUCUGUUUGGGAGCAGCUAUUGUGAUGCAGCCGCAAAACGCUUAGCGUGCUGGAUAUCGAUCCAAAAGUGCGAUAAAGACGGGGACAACAGGCUGAGAGUGUGCCACUCGGCAUGCAUGUCGUAUAACUCAGCGUGUGGGGCAUCGCUCGACUGCUCUGACCAAACCCUAUUCAGCAGCGAGGAUGAAGGCGAAGGGCAGUGCACUGGGGUAGGGGAAAUGAAGGUAUCGUGGUUGAGCCGAAUGCGGAUUAUGUUGCUUUCGAGUAACACUUCAUUGAAGGGAAGUUUGUAAAAUAAUAGGGAGAUCAGUGGUGGUAGUUUUCUCUUUUCUUUGGGGUUUGUAAUUUUUCUUUUAGAGGUAGAGGGAAUGAAAAGGAGGGCAUAAAUGGGGCACUUAGCCAGUUGCCUUGUUUGUGCCCUAAGAAGGGUGGGCUUUUUUUAGGGUAAAUGGCCCUUAGUUGUAGAAUUAGUAGUAGUGGGUUCCUUCCUCCUCCCUUCCUGUCCCAAAACAGGGCAAUUUGAGAAAAAAGGGUUUUGGGAGGGAAUGGGAAAAUUUGGCUUUCAAAAGAAUGAAAAGCCAGCUUGUAGAGAGAUUUGAAAGGAACAAAAAGGAUAAGAAAGAAGAGAAAUUUGUAAUCUGCACAGAGGAAAAAGACAAGGGAAAAUGGAGAGAGAGAGAGAGAGAGAGGUGGUGAAAGGGCUUUGUUGAGUGAGGAAAACAAAGACAGUAAUUAGGCCGAAGGCCUUUCUGGAAAUGAGAAUUACAAAGCUGUUUUUGUUGUGUAUUCAUUACUAAUUAUUCCCGGUUGUCUUCUUCCACCA